UCUAAUUUAAAAUACAUGAACAACUUCAGUCAGCUGACACCAAAAAUACAACUUUGUUUUCUAAUUAUUCAAUUAAUAAUUAGUAGGCAUGACUUGUAUGCUAUAACUUUAAACUCUUGUUCUUUGUUUUAUCAGGUGACGCUUGUCCACUCAAGCGAGGCUAUCACAGUCCUCCGUAGACUAAACAGAGAACAUCCUGAUAGGACUAUCUUAAAGAGCCUCUUCCGCUCAGGUUCAGUCUCUGAAACUACCAUCUGUAAUAUUUGUCUACGUCAAACCAACCAGCCACAGUGCAACUACACUGACCUCCGUACUGGUGACCCGUGGUUCUGCUACAAGCCAAAGGAACUGAGCUGUGAUACCAGGAUGAACCACAUAAACGGAGGAAUGCGUAUAAAACUCAAAGCUAAUGAGGCGAACCUUUUCAAAAGCAAUGUCAACAUGCAAGUCUUCAUUCAGGCUUCAGGACCGGCCAAUGUUACUGUGCUGCCUCAAAGGAAAGAGCAACCCAUCGAUAGUCUGGGCAGUGGGAAGUCUGGACUCUCUGGGUAUUACUACCAGGGUGUGUGGCGACCACUAGGUGGCACCAAAGUCCACCAAUUCAACAACUCCUCUGCCAUCAGUCAGUGUCUGAAAGGAAAGGUGGUCCACAUGUACGGAGACUCCACCAUCAGGCAGUGGUUUGAGUACCUUAAUGCUUCACUUCCAGAUGCUAAAGAGAUAAACCGGAAUAAUCCGAAGAAAUCAGGACCUUUCAUGAUAUGGGACAAUGCAAAAAACAUCUUGGUGAAGUUCCACUUACACGGUCCUCCUCUUAGUAUUUCCGUCCUUAUCCCAACCAGUGAGCUGCGUUACAUUGCCAAUGAAAUAGAUGAUGUAGUUGGUGGCACCAACACAGUUGUAAUUUUUGGCAUCUGGGCCCACCUCACUCCUUUCCCAAUGCAAUUCUACAUCAGAAGGCUUUACGGCAUCCGCAGGGCGGUGAUUCGUCUGUUAAACAGGGCUCCAGACACGCUGGUGGUCAUCAGGACUCCAAACCUCAGAGGUACAAACCCCAAUAUAUUUGCCUUUAAUGACUGGUAUGCUAUUCAACAGGACAAGGUGGUCAGAGCUGUGUUCAAAGGACUUAAUGUUCAGAUGGUGGAUGCCUGGGAGAUGGUUCUGGCCCACCACCUGCCUCACUACAUUCACCCACCUCCUCCCAUCAUUAGGAAUAUGGUUAACAUUAUAUUGUCCCACAUGUGCCCCCAAUAGUGCAUUUAAUAAUAAUAAUAACUUUAUUGAUAUAGUACUUAUCUAAACAAGGUUACAAAGUGAGUUUAGGUGCUCUGAUGGCAAAUGCCCGGUCGCCCUUGGUAACCAGCCUUGAUCUAGGAUCAUCUACUCUUGAUGAUCUAAGAUUUGGCUUGGAGCAUAAGGGGUUAAAAGUUCUUUAAUGUAAGUGGGGGGCUAGACCGUGUUGUGUUUUAAAAGUUUUUAAACUCAUUUUUAAAUCAACCCUGUAAGUAACGGGCAGCAAAUGGAGGGAGGAAAGGAUUGGGGUAAUGUUGGACCUGCAGUUUGCAUUUGUUAAAAUCUGAGCAGCAGCAUUCUGCACUUGCUGGAGUCUGGCCAUUGAGGACUGACUAAGGCAAGUGAAACGUGAGUUGCAGUAGCCCAAACGUGAAAAGACAAAGGCAUGAAUAAGCUUCUCUAGAUCAGGGAAAGACAGAGUUGAUUUAAUUUACUAAUGUUUCUUAGCUGGUAGUAACAGGAUUUAAUGAGAUUAUUGAUGUGCGGAAUGAAGUUAAGCUGUGAAUCAAAUGUAAUACCUACAUUUCUACCUGUAGAUUUUAUAUUGGGUGUUAGAGGACCAAAGAGCAGCUUCAAUUUGCUUGCUAUAUGAUCGGGGCCAAAGAAAAUGACCUCUGUCUUCCCUGUAUUAAGCUGCAGACAAUGACAGCUCAUCCAUUUCUCAAUGGUGGCCAUGCACUCCACUAAAUUGUUUAAGCGGCUGAUAUUGUCUGACUUGAAGGACAGAUAUAUUUGUGCAUUAUCAGCAUAAAAGUGAUAGGAGACCCCCUCAAAGUAAUUCAUAAUAUUUCCAAGUGGGAGCAUAUGAAGGGAAAACAAGACUGAACCAAGAAUUGAGUCCUGUGGCAGACCGUACGUCAUGCGGGCCGAGGAAGAAACAAAUGACCAAUUGAGACAGAGAAUCCUCUAUUUGACAGGUAUGACCCAAACCAUUUGAGUGCAGUUCCGGUGAUGCCUACACACUGAUCAAGUCUAUUGGCUAGAAUUUUAUGAUCAAUAGUAUCAAAUGCUGUGCUUAGGUCCAACAGCAAUAUAACCAAACAUUCCCCAUUAUCAGCGCUCAUCAGCAAAUCGUUUGUAGCCCUAAUAAGAGCAGUUUCGGUACUGUGUCGUUUGAGGAACCCUGAUUGAAACUUGUCGCAGAUGUCAUUAUUGUUUAAAACAGAUGUCAGCUGGCUAAAAAGACACCUUUUCAACCAUUUCAAGAACCUUAGAUAUGAACGAGAGUUUGGAAAUGGGUCUAUAAUUCUCUGGAAGUGAUAGAUCAGGGUUAGGCUUUUUGAGUAAGGGCUGGAUGCUUCCUUGUUUAAAAUGAUUGGGAACGGUUAAUGAUGUAAAGUAAGCUGGGGCCAAUUGUACCAAUAACCUCUUUCAGGAGUGAGGUGGGUAAGAUAUCAAUAGGGCUUGAGGUGGUACGCAUGUGAGACACAGUAUCGAUAAGCUCAGUAAGAGAAAUUAAUUGAAAAUGGUUGAGCAGUUCAGAACAGACAGGAUAAUUGUAAAUAUGUGCAGUUGUCGUUGGUACAAUAUUAGACCUAAUAUCCAUGAUUUUUUUGAGGAAAAAAUACUUUUCACAGUCAGCAUUUGAGGAAGCUGACAGAGCUGGGGGGCAGGGUUAACAAAACCCUUUUCACACUUAUGGAAAUCUCCUGAAAAACUCCGGAGAUUAGGCUCCCCGGAGGGGCCUUAGGCUAUAUGUGAACGCAAACAGCCAAAUUUUUCGCGCAGACUUUACCCGGAGUUUCUCCAGCCAGACCCCAAGUAU